AUGGAUAUCAAGGGUAUGGAUAAAGAUGAGUGUGUUCUUGAAUCAGCCAAGAAUCCUGAAGAGGGAGGCUUUGAAUUAAAAUUAGAUAAUAGUGAGAAUACAGUGUUUUUGAGGGCUGAUAAGAUUGAUUUCAAGAAUUGGGAUAUUCAGUUGGAGAAGCAUUUGACUCGUGCUUGGUCUAUGGAUACUGAAUCCCAUACCAGAAGUGAAGAAUGGGAAAUUGAUUUGGCUAAGCUUGAAAUAAGAAAUGUUAUAGCUCAUGGUACAUAUGGUACUGUCUAUAAAGGUCUUUGUGAUGGCCAAGAUGUUGCAGUGAAGGUAUUGGACUGGGGGGAGGAUGGUAUUGCCACUGAAGCAGAAACUUCUGCUCUUCAGGCAGCAUUUCGACAGGAGGUGGCUGUUUGGCAUAAGCUUGACCAUCCGAAUGUUACAAAGUUCAUUGGUGCCUCAAUGGGAACAUCGGAUCUUAAGAUACCUUCCAAGAACAAUCCAGCUGAUGUUCAGAACUCAUUUCCUUCGAAUGCUUGUUGUGUUGUAGUAGAGUACGUUCCUGGUGGGACACUGAAAAAAUUCUUAAUCAGGAAUAGCAAGAAAAAGCUAGCUUUUAAGGUUGUUAUUCAGCUUGCUUUGGAUCUUGCUAGAGGCUUGAGUUAUCUACAUUCAAAAAAAAUCGUACAUCGUGAUGUUAAAACAGAGAAUAUGCUGCUGGAUGUUACUAGGACACUGAAAAUUGCCGAUUUUGGCGUUGCUCGAGUUGAAGCUCAGAAUCCAAGGGAUAUGACUGGUAAUACUGGAACGCUUGGUUACAUGGCCCCAGAGGUCCUUGAUGGUAAGCCUUACAAUAGGAAAUGCGAUGUAUACAGUUUUGGCAUAUGCUUGUGGGAAAUAUACUGCUGCGAUAUGCCUUAUCCUGAUCUGAGUUUUGCAGAGGUCUCUUCUCAAGUCGUACGACAGAAUUUAAGGCCAGAAAUUCCUCGAUGUUGUCCAAGUGCAUUUGUGAGCAUCAUGCGCAAGUGUUGGGAUGCAAAGCCGGAAAACCGCCCGGACAUGGACGAGGUUGUGAGGCUGUUAGAAGCCAUAGACACCAGCAAAGGUGGUGGUAUGAUACCAGACGACCAGACUCGUGGAUGCCUUUGUUUCAGCACUGCUCGAGGCCCAUGA